UUCAAAUUCCCUUCCACAAAAAUCUGAAAUUUCAAUGCUGGCCAGCUCUCUCGCUCUCUCUUUCUAAGCUCUUCGCAGCAAAUUCAAUUUGAUUUCUUCAGUCGCCAUUCUAUUUGCAGCCACGAAUCCGUUCCAUUUCGCCCUUUGAAUUAUUCUCUUAAUUUUCCGAUUCCAUUCCAAAGGAAUCAAAUCACUCCUUUUUCACCCUAAAUUCCUUCGUUUUAAGCUCUUCUGGUCCCAGAAUCAUUCUCCGUCAUAAACCCAAUGGCUUCACUCUCAUCUUUCAUCGGUUGUUCCUCUCCUUACGGCGUGUUUCGAGCUCCUAUCAAUGGUGGAAGGGUUCGCGCCUGUCUUAGUGUAGAUGUACAAGGACCCAGUUCGACGAAGCUUCAAACAGGCAAACUUGGUUUCUCGAGCGAGGAGGUGAUCGAGUCGGAACGGAAGCUUUUCGUCGGAACCUAUGCUCGAGCACCGGUGGUUUUCUCGAGCGGUAAAGGAUGUAAACUAUAUGAUCUCGAAGGGCGAGAGUAUUUGGAUAUGGCGGCUGGAAUCGCCGUCAAUGCCCUAGGUCAUGGUGAUCCCGAUUGGCUGCAAGCGGUAACGGAGCAGGCAAAUACAGUCACUCAUGUUAGCAACCUCUUCCAUUCAAUCCCUCAGGUGGAACUUGCAAAACGCCUUGUGGCUAAAUCAUUUGCGGAUCGUGUGUUUUUCACUAACUCUGGCACGGAAGCUAAUGAAGCUGCCAUUAAGUUUGCUAGAAAGUUUCAGAGAUUUUCUCAUCCUGAUGCUAAAGAGUCACCCCCUUUUGAGUUCAUUGCGUUUUCCAAUUGUUUUCAUGGCAGGACAAUGGGAGCUCUUGCUUUAACGAGUAAGGAGCAUUACAGGGCUCCUUUUGAGCCUGUUAUGCCUGGUGUUACUUUCUUGCCAUAUGGUGAUAUUGAGGCUGCUAAAAACUUGAUUCUUAAAGGGAAAAUUGCUGCUGUUUUUGUGGAACCUAUACAGGGUGAAGGUGGCAUUUUCAGUGCUACUAAGGAGUUCUUGCUUUCCUUGAGAAAUGCUUGUGAUGAGGCUGGAACUCUUCUGGUUUUCGAUGAGAUUCAAUGUGGGUUGGGUAGAAGUGGUCAUCUCUGGGCACAUGAAGCUUAUGGUGUAUAUCCAGAUAUAAUGACCCUUGCCAAGCCUCUAGCUGGAGGUCUUCCCGUCGGAGCCGUUCUAGUGACCGAAAGAAUCGCUGCUGCCAUAAACUACGGUGACCACGGAAGUACUUUUGCAGGCUCACCGCUCGUCUGCAAUGCUGCAGUUGCAGUUGUAGACAAGAUCUCAGAUCCUGAGUUCUUGCUUAGCGUUUCCAGGAAAGGUGAGUACAUGAAAAAUUUGCUAAAACAAAAGCUGGGUGAAAACCCACAUGUUAAGGAAGUUAGAGGGCAAGGGCUUAUUAUUGGGAUAGAACUGGAUGUGUCUGCUAGCCCUCUAGUAGAUGCUUGUCGAAACUCGGGUUUGUUAAUUUUAACAGCAGGCCAGGGGAAUGUGGUUCGGCUUGUGCCACCAUUGAUCAUCACAGAGCAAGAACUAGAGCAUGCUGCUAAUGUUCUGCUUGACUGUAUCCCUGUGCUUGGCUGAUCUAAAGCUCAGCUGCUAGUUUCUCAACAAGACAUUGCCAUGAAGUCUUGUAUGUACUGUUAUAGUUUUUGAAAUAAACUUGAAAUUUGCUAUUUGGUU